CAGCUUGAGCUCUUGAACCAGUCUCUAGGAAAGGGCUGGACUCUGUUCCAAUCUGGAGUUGCCCUUUGUGAGAGGCGGCAGGCAACAGAUGACAGCUUUCCAGCUUUCCCAGCUUUCUUGAAUUUACUGGGUGAGGUGAGGUGAUCUUUUUACAAGAAGACUUAAACUCUCACGUGAGCAAUUAAGAAAACCUGGAGGGGUGUGAUUAAAAGAAACAGACUCCCUGAUCUAAACCUGAGCAGUGUGCUGUUAUUGGACUUCUGUGCAAUAUAUAAAAAUAGCUGAAACCACACUUUUUCUAUGACAAAUUUCAUGCUCAAACAUAAGAGUGUCCACAAGUGCAUGUGGAACGAGUACAACCUAGGCUGCAAGUCGACCUGAAUUUACAAAGCACUGGAAUACAAGGUCAAACUCCACCCCUCCUUUGAAAAUCCUGUGGCAAGAAGGGACUCCUAUUGUGUGCAUAAUAUUUUUAAAGCUGAAAAUAUUUCCUGUCAAGGUUCUUUUUGGACAAGCCAAAGCAAAGAUGUGGAGCCUUCAAAACCUGCUUUUCAUCCUCUGCAUUUCUCUGAGAUGUGUGACCAGUGCAGUAGGGGUGCUCAAUGUCACUGGAUAUCUGAGAAGAGAGGUUAACAUUUCCUGCCCUUACGAUCCGGGUUAUGAAUCAUAUGAGAAGUACCUCUGUAAGGACAGUUGUGGCAGGGGUGAUGUUCUUAUUACAACAACAAACCCAGUGACAUAUAAAUACAGGACCCAUGAUGACAAAACAGCACGAAUCUUUACAACGACCAUCUCUGAUCUUCGUUCUAUGGAUGCGGGGAAAUACUGGUGUGGUGUGAAAAAAUUUUUGAAAGAUAUCUACACUGAAGUCAAGCUGAAAUUAGUAAAAGACAGCUGCUGUGGCACUGUGACCAAAAUUCUGAAUUAUCAGGGAUAUUCAGUAUCCAUUAGUUGUCCAUAUGAGCCUCAGUACCAGAACAGCCUGAAGUACAUCUGCAGAGGAAACCGGCCCUCCAUAUGUCUUCAGCAGGCACUAAUCACCUCUGACAACAAGGAAAAUGGACGAUUCAGACUUGAUGAUGAUAAAAUGUUGAAAAAAUUUACAGUGAACAUCACCAGUUUGAGCCAAGAGGAUUCAGGGUCAUACCUCUGUGGUGUCCAAAGAAACUUUCACCUGGAUGUUUUCUCUGCUGUUCUGUUGGAAGUUGAGGAGUUCUGCUGUGUCAAAUCAACUAAAAUAAAUGGUACUGUGGGACAUCCACUAACGUUGCAGUGUCCUUAUCCUUCACAACACCGGGAUAACAGGAAGUUCCUCUGUAAGGGAGACCAGCACAACAGCUGCAUGGACAUGACCAAUCAAAGCAGGUUCACUGUCCAUGAUAAUGUUUCUUCCAGCUCUUUCUGGGUGAUCAUUGCAGAGCUGGAAGCAGCUGAUGCUGGGACAUACUGGUGUGGGUCAGAUUCACAGUGGAAAGUUGGAAACUACACCAAGAUGGAGCUGUCAGUUCUGCAGCAAACUCUGGGAACUCUGGAAGCAAAUAACCCAGCACUCUAUGUGGUUUACAUUAUAACCCCUGUGCUCCUACUGAUGUGUGCCCUGUUUAUUGUUUAUAAGUACAGAUGUUCCACAGUUAAAGGUGAUGAAGCCACAGGCAGAAAUGCCCGAAAUAAGCUAUAGAGCUCAGAGGAAGCGAUGGGGGCAGCAAAAAGUGGAGUAAGAGAAGUUUAAAACCUUAAUAGAGUUCUGUUUCUUUAAUACAUUUAAUUAUAAAUAUAGGGCAUAAAAUAAAUGACUGAUUUUUGUUUUUACUUGGGUUUAAUAUGUAAAGUUUAUUUGUAAUGUAGCACAACUGGAAUUUCAUGAAGUCUCCCAUUUGGAGUCAUUGUGCAUACAUUUUUAUUUUUGAUGCUGAGAAAAUAGCAAAGUGAUGUAUGAAUGUAGAUGAAGUCCACACUAUAGCAUGGGUUCAGUCUCGUUCUGUCACAGUGGGCAAACAGCUGAAAGUCACAAAGGUCAAGAAAAUUGCAAAUGGAAACUUAGUCAUUUUCUUGAAUUAUGGAUUCAAGAAAAUAACUUAUAUACAAGAGAAGUGCUCCCCUGGCCUUUUUUCACUUCUAUGUGGGUUUCUGUCAUUAAUUGUUGAUGAAUGUGUAUAUCAUAGUGCAGUCUUUUAUUGUGACACAUAGGGGAGCAGCCUGCACUUACACUAGAGAACCAUGGAUACAUAAUUUAUGUGCUGCUGUUUUGAUAAUUUGAGUCUUUGUGUGUUAGAUUCUGUAAACUUUGCCACAAAACUUUACCACAAAAAAUAAAUAAAU